UAAUAUAAUAAAUGAAUGAAAAAAAAAUACAUAAAAAGAAACUCGUUAGGACCGGAAGUCACCCGAAAUGCUGCAAUCAGUCGGAAACAUGAGGCAGCUGAGUUGAAUUCACCGUCGUAUAUCGGAAACCAAGGCGGCAAACAAUUGGCAGUGAUGGAUUACGCUAGGAAGUCUCUCAACCUUUUGACCCUGUCUUCCUUCUCAAAGUGUGUGACUGCCAGCGUGUCAGCCAGUGCCUCCAUGACCCAGCAGCUUCUGUCACGACGAGCACGUCGGCCAAAACCUUUCCGGGUGACUAAUGCUGACCGCAGUUUAAAGAAGGGCAUCAUGGCAGAUGCGUUAGAAGACCUGAUCAACAAGGUGAGUGACUCAUUAAAUGUGCUGAGUGCCAGUGCCUUGGUGCUGGAUGAAGAUGGCACGGGUGUGGACACGGAAGAGUUCUUUACCACGCUGCCUGAAAACACUGUCCUCAUGGUACUUGAGAAAGGACAGAAGUGGACCCCAUCUCAGAACAGCCACACCAGAGACGAGCUCUGCAAACACAGGCCGCAGCAUCGGACAGAUGUGGCCAGGCUGACCUUUGACCUGUACAAGAACAACCCCAGCGAUUUCAUUGGCUGCUUGAAUGUCAAAGCAACACUGUAUGGCGUUUAUUCCUUGUCCUACGAAGUGCGCUGUUAUGAGGCCAAAAAGAUGUUGAAGGAAGCUUUGCGGUGGACAGUCUUCUCCAUGCAGGCCACCGGCCACAUCCUGCUGGGCUCCUCCUGGUACAUGGAGCAGCUUCUGGAAGAGGAAAGAGAGGAAAGAGCCGAGGAGAGCCUGAUGCUGCACCAGGAGAGCCGAAUCGGCCUGUGUAUGGCAAAGUGGUGUCUGGUGAAGUCGGGCUAAUUGGCCACAGGUCCAGCUGUCUCUCCCCUGCAUCCGUAAUUGUUCCCUGGCUGCCUUUUUCCUGUCAGCUGCAGCCGGCUGGAGUGAGCAAGACAAGACUGUGAGGGCUGGUGGAAGCAAAUGUUACUGAAUGGGAAAACCAUGUUGGCCAUCUUAUCAAACAAAGGGUGCAAAAAGCUGGAAAAAUGAAUGUGUGGAAGUGUAAAGCAGUUUUAUGUUGAGCUACAAAUCUGAAUAAAAUGUGUCAUGUCUUGUGAACUGAUUUCAUCAAAACAA